AUGUUCCGCCUCGCCGUCGCCAGAUCCGCCAGAUGCCUUGCUCAGGCUGCUCCUAGAGUUCAGGCCCCCAUCACCCGCCGCGUCGCUCCCUCAUCCUUCUUGCCUUCGACCACCGCCGCUCCCUCGACCUUUGUUUCCGCCGUCAGAUGCUACUCGGCACACGCUGGUCUCUCAAAAGAUGAGGUUCAGGGCCGUAUCCUCGACCUCCUGAAGAACUUCGACAAGGUCUCGGACGCCUCCAAGCUCUCGGCCCAGUCACACUUCACCAACGACCUCGGUCUUGACUCUUUGGACACUGUCGAGGUCGUCAUGGCCAUCGAGGAGGAGUUCAGCAUUGAGAUCCCCGACAAGGAGGCCGAUGCCAUCCACAGCGUGAACCAAGCUGUUGAGUACAUCCUCAGCCAGCCCGAUGCCCACUAG